AGCACAAAAUUAAACAUGCUGUAGACAUACGAAUAGAAAGUCCAAGGCAAUUUUGCAUGAAACAAAAGCUGGUUUCUUUCAGCUGUUGGCCUCAGCUGGCACUUGCAUUCUUCCAAGAGGAGUCUGGAGUCUCUGCUUCCUGUGUGCCAGUUGCUCUAGGUCGGAACCAGCCUUUGAAGAGGGAGAAGCCGAAAUGGAAAAGCGAUUACCCCAUGACAGACGGACAACUCCGCAGCAAGCGGGAUGAGUUCUGGGACACUGCACCAGCUUUUGAAGGCCGCAAGGAGAUUUGGGACGCUUUGAAGGCUGCUGCGCAUGCCUUUGAGAGCAAUGACCAUGAACUGGCACAGGCCAUCAUCGAUGGUGCAAGCAUCACACUACCGCAUGGUGCACUUACGGAGUGCUACGAUGAGCUGGGAAACAGGUACCAGCUGCCAGUCUAUUGCCUGGCACCACCAAUCAACAUGAUAGAGGAAAAGAGUGACAUAGAGACUCUGGAUAUUCCUGAGCCACCACCCAAUUCUGGAUAUGAAUCUCAGCUGCGUUUGCGCCUUUCCACAGGCAAAGACCUUAAGCUUGUGGUACGCAGCACAGACACGGUGUACCACAUGAAGAGACGGUUACAUGCAACUGAAGGAGUGGAGCCAGGCAGUCAGCGGUGGUUCUUCUCUGGUAGACCUCUCACUGACAAAAUGAAGCUAGAAGAGCUGAAGAUCCCAAAGGACUAUGUCGUACAGGUUAUAGUAAGCCAGCCUUUGCAAAACCCAACACCAGUUGAGAACUGAAUUGAUGCUGUUGGCCGGUGUCCAGGUCCCUCCACUCCUUUUAUUCUUGUCACUUCCUACUCUAUGGCGUGAAACUUAUUUUCACUCCUCUGAAUUCCCUAUGAAUGGAUUUAGUUCUGAGGAAUUAUGAGUGAAAAAUUCCAUCUGUGAUGGAGACCAACAAAAAUAAUAAAACACAAAGAGCCAGC